UACGCUCGGCACGGCACUGCGAGGCGGCCGGGGCGUAGCGAGCGUAGCCGUAUGCAAAUCAAGCCCGCGGCGCGCGGCCCGCGUCGCGUGUGUCUGUGCGUGCGUGUUUGGCGUUUGCGGCGGCACGGCCACCGGCACGCUCUGCGCACGCUCACGGCACGGGCGUGACUCGGCCAUCAGGCAUCAGGCAGUGGGCAGACCAGACAGCGCCGCGGUGCGGUUUCGUUUUCGUUUUCGCUGCGCUGGGCCCAGGCAGGCAAGCCCAGGCCGCGGCCAUGGCGGUCGUGGCGGGGCGCGGCGGCCCCGUCUUCGCGCUCAUCGGCUCCACAUGCGGCAUGGCCGAGGGCAUGGCCGAGGGCAUGGCCGGCACCCACACCGCGGACUGCAGUGCACACACGGACUGCCGGCAGUAGCAGCCUACGCCGGCCGGGGCGCCGCGGCCUAGGCCGGCCACGGAGACUGACGGGGGCCUCGAGGCGGAGGCCGCGCGCGUGAGUGCCAGGGAGUGCCAUGGACAUGGGAGCAUAGAGGCCGUGCCACCAUGGCCGUCGACGACUCCGACAUGUACCUCGGGUUCGACGCCGCCAACGCGACCAUGACGGCCACGAUGACGGCCACGGCGGUGGACGACGCCGGCGGGGGCUUCGCCGGCCUGCUCAACGACUCGACGUUGAGUCCGUCCGCGGGCUCGGCGGGCACGGCGCUCCCCGACGCCGUGACGGUGGUGGCGGCGGGCGGCAGCCUGGCCAGCCUAAAGCAGCUCAACGUGCCCUACGCGGCGUGCGAGGCCCUGGUGGCCGUCGUGGCCGUGGCCGGCAACGCCCUCGUCAUCCUGGCCUUCCAGCGCGAGCGCCGCCUGCGCCGCCGCACCAACUACUACAUCGUGUCGCUGGCCGUGGCCGACCUCCUCGUCGGCCUGCUCGGCAUCCCCUUCGCGCUGCUCGCCUCGGUCGGCCUGCCCCACGACCUGCACGCCUGCCUCUUCACCGUGUCGCUGCUCGUCGUGCUCUGCACCAUCUCCAUCUUCUGCCUCGUGGCCGUGUCCGUGGACCGCUACUGGGCCAUCCUGCACCCGCUGGGCUACUCGCGGAACGUCAGCACCAGGAAGGCAGUCGGCAUCAUCUGCGUGUGCUGGGUCGCGGGGACGCUGGUCGGGUUCCUGCCCUUGCUGGGCUGGCACAGGCCGGGCGCCGAGCGCGAGGAGUGCUACUUCACUCGCGUCAUGGACUACAACUACCUCGUCUUCCUCUACUUCUUCACCAUCAUCUUCCCCGCACUCAUCCUGGCCGCCUUCUACGCCCACAUCUACCAGGUGGUGCUAAAACAGCUGCGGCGCAUGGAGCGGCAGAGCCCCGGCGUGGGCAUCCGCGGGGGCGCGGUGUGCGGUGUGGGCGGUGGCGCGGGCGGCGGCGCGGGCGGUGGCACCAUGCUGCGGGUGCUGGGGGCCGCCCGCAAGCGCGAGGUUAAGGCCACCCAGAACCUGUCCAUCAUCGUGCUCUUCUUCGUGCUCUGCUGGUUCCCGCUCUACACCAUCAACUGCGUGCAGGCCUUCUGCCCGCAGUGCUACGUGCCGCCCGCCGUGCUGGACUUCUGCAUCAUCCUCAGCCACCUCAACUCGGCCGGCAACCCCCUGCUGUACGCGUACCACCUCAAGGACUUCCGCGCCGCGCUGCGCGUGCUGCUGCUGGGCCCCGGCCCCGGGGCGGACUUGGCGCUGGACUUCGGCCCCGGCCUGUCGACGGGCACCUCCAGGACGCCGCUGGCCGGCCAGAGGACCUGCCUGCCCGCCGUGUCGCCGUCGCCGUCGCGCGGCCCGCCGCCGCCCAUGCCGCUGGCCACCAUCUCCAACUCGCUCGCCCCGCCCCAACUCAAGUCGGACAGCUUGUGGUCGCUGCAGCCGCGCUACGUCCCCGCGCCGCUGUCGCUCACGCCGUCCCGGUCGGCGUCCCGGUCGGCGUCCGACUGCGGCUCGGACUCUGACGCCGACGUCGGGGAGGCCAAGCCCUCGGCCAAGCCGCCGCAGCAGCUGGACCUGUUGGACCACCCCCAGCAGUCUCCGCGCUCGCCGAAGCCUCGCCUGUCCCCGCUGCGCGCCGUCGGGGAGUUCUUCUUCAACUCCAGCCUGGGCUCGGGCUGCGCCUGGAUGGAGGACGUGAACGGCAAGGCCUCCUCCGCCAGCACUGAGCCGCUGGACCUGGAGCUGGACACAAGCUGAGCCCGAGGCUGGGCCCCUCCGCGCGGAGGGAGACUAGCGGGGCGAGACUGCCUAGAGUCCCCCCCGCCAGCCCCGCCCACCCAGAUGCUCCGUCGUGCUCCUGCCCCCCGUCGACCCACGCGCUUCUCUCGCAAGGACAGUGCGGUGCUUGGACACUCGUCGUGACCAGGGUCCUGGACUUCUGUGGACAACCUUUCAAUGAUCUCUGGAAAUGCCAACGAUUGGUUACGACGGUCUCUGGAGUUAGCCUUCUGGAACAGUCCCACCUCUUGUUGGGGUGGGGUGUACUUACCCAGAUAAAAUGGCCAAGCAUUAAGGCAUUAAGUUAAGGCGCCGUGCAGCGUGUUUCUUUGUUUUUAAGUGCCAAAAAUGCUUGAUAGUUUUUCAUUGUGAACUGUGAAUGUGUACUCAAGUGCGUGUAUUCAUGAUCUCAGAAGCUUUAAGACAUGUUGUAGAAUUAAAUACCCUAGGUUUUAAAAAGCAUUUUAAUCGAUCUUUGACUGCUGCUAUAGUAGCUGUUUUGUUAAAAUUAUUCAUGCUUCAUUCCAAAGGGAUGACUGUCAUUCUAGAUUAGCUGUCAUUGCUAUGAUGCUCAGAAGACUUUCAAUCAAAUCACCCUACAAAAGCAUAUACGUUAGUAGUAGGAGUAGGUUAGCAAAAUUAGGAGACAUUUGUAGCAUUUCAAUUUGAUAAUUUAAUAGAUUUGAAAGUUUACACAAGGUCUUUCCACUUUUCAGAGGUAAUAAAAUUAUAAACAACACUCACAAUACAAGAUGUUAUCUCACACCAACAAAACACCAUCGCAGUGACCACCAUGUCGCCCUGGAUGCAUCUGACAUUACUGCUAACAUAAUAUGCAAACCAUGUCGAUCUUUUUCAAAUUUUAUUGAUAAUCCACAAUAUAUAUUACAAAGUUGUCUUUUAAAACUAAUCACAUUUAUUCCAAAUAUACAAACCCCAGAAAAAAAUAUCCCGACAAAUAACAGUAACACUGAUAAACCCUACAAUUUUUGGUAAAGUGUAGAAAAAAAAAACAAAAGUUGAAAAAUAUCCUAAAAAAAAGGCAAUCCAUGACUGACAUCUUACAGAUCUGAUCAAACAAAAAUGUUUGCAAAAUAUUGGCUAGGAACCCAUGUAAAAACAAAAAUAUAUACAACGGUACUGUAAAGCUGCAAAUGUCAAAAAUUAAUUAAAGUCUUAUAAAAAGUAAACCAUCAUUCAAGCAACAUCAGAGCAGGUAGUUCUCUGAGACUAAUCCAGGAGUAAGAAAGCUCCACAUUUUCUCUUGAAUGACAGUGUCAUCACAGUGUUGAAUUUUCAAUUCAUUACAAUACAUGGUGAUUAGAUUCAAUAAUCAGUGUUGAAGUGCAAAAUACAAAGUACAAAAGUGUAACUAGACUUUUGAGUCGCCUACAGAGGUUGGUAUAUAUGAUGUGGCACUGAAAAAAUAAAUUGUACAGGACAAAUAAGAACUGAGAAUUUCUUCUUUGAGAUGUCAGAUCUUCUGGGCUUAAAAGUGAUGAUAAAUUACUGAAUAAAAUAAAUUGACAAGAUACAACUAGCACAAGCUGAUAUUAUUAUAACAAGGAUCACAAAACUUAACAAUAUCAAACAAUUUUUUGGAAUUAAACCUGCUUUUGGGCCUUGAUAAACUAUGCAAGUUAGAAAAAGACAAGUAGAUCUUAUCAGAGAUUUUCAAAAAGUAGUAUUGGUUUAGAAAAACUUGUUACAAAAUACGGUAUUUUAUCAGGUAGAUUUGCAAUCCAAUGGCCUUUUAUCCUUUCUAACAUUAACUGUCAUGUAAUUGUUACUUUCCUAAUAUUUAGGUUGGCACAAUAAAUCAAUCUUCUUGUUUUAUUUACAAUGUGUUAAUAAGGGUUAUUGCAGAUUCAAUUCUUACAGCAUUUGUCUUUACUCUCAGGCCUCCAGGUUCAUUCAUGAUUUUAUUGGUGACAUGGUAAUGGCAACACUUCUGGGUCUUAAAUGAGUUUCUGCACAUGACAUUGAAACACAAACAACCGUUUUUGAAAUAGAGAAAAAUUACCUGCACAGCAUGAACUUGUUAAAAAAAAACC